AUGAUGUGCGGCCCAAAGGGGUUCGCAUGGCUCCCCCUUUGGUUCGCCUUCAUAGCGGCUGGCCCCUGGUAUGGCCUUCAAAGGGAUUUUCUGAGUGUAGAGGGCCUUCCCCUGCAAGAUGACGAAGAACCAUUCCCCUGGGAAUGGGGAGGCACUCGGUCUGCCAUGUGCGAGGCAUGUCAGGCUGUAGCCGAACUGUUGUCUUGCAGCAGUCGCACCACAAGCGGCGGCAUUAGUAGCCCAUGCUAUAAUACCUUACCGUACCUUUCAAAAGGAACCAAGAGAGAUCCAGCGCUGCUUAUCCUGGAGAAUGAGAAAGAUAAUGACCCAAUUAAGUGGCUGCAGCGCCGCCAGCUGCUAAUCUGCGACGGGGGCCUUGUUGAUUACUAUGCCCAACAAACGGAAACAAUCCACGAGGCCACAUUGGCUGCAGCCUGUGGGGAUAUCUUUAAAGAGAGAGGCGACCAAAUACUGCAUCUUUUUUACCAUCAGGAGCACCCGCGUGCAAUAGGGACAGGAGAUUCGGUUGCAAUAGCAGCGUCUAACAAGGGGGAAGCAGCAGCAGCUUUGUGCCUCCCCUCGCCGUGUGCCUCUCUGUGGGGAGAAGGUGAUGCACCAGCGCUGCGUCCUUCUCGGUCCUCUCGUAGUCUAAGAGACUCAUUGCUGUUCCUCUCCCUGAAUCAGCAAACCCCCGGCACAGAAACACUGCCAUCUGGUCUGCAACUUCGGUGGCUGCACAGACGGCCAGAGGCGCAGCCAGAGCAGACUGUGAAAGGGUGCGGCCCCCGUCUGUUUGCUGUUGCUGGUUUACCCAUUGUUGCUGCUGCACUAGACACGGCACGUGAAGCAUUCGCUUCAAAAUUCGGUGGCAUCCUCUUUCCAUGCCGUCCAAUUCGUGGUCGCUUAGCUGCUUCGACUGCCAACAAUACAGCUGCUCUGAAGGCAGCUACUCCCAGUAUUGUUAAGACUUUUGCUAUUCGUAAUGUCAUUGAUGAUGCAGGGUCGUUUCUGGCGUUCCCCACGUUAUGCACUGCCCUUGGGUUGGCGCGAGGCAGCCGCCCUUAUGAGGCUCCAAGAAGUGGUGCAACUGUUUCUCUCUCCGCAGCUCGCCUAUGGGGCAAAAGGAUUUAA